UUGGAAGUACCAGUGCUGUGGCGUCGAGUCUUUGCUUGGUCCACUGCAUUCCAAUGAUAUUGUACCUGACCGCUGCAGAGUUGAAAUAGGGAAUUUAGUUGAAGAAUACCUUUGCCGGUUGACGGGAUAAGUCUUUUUGAGUUUUCAAAACACGUGGAUGCGUGCUUGGCUCUGUAGUGCGAGAUAGUGCAGUGAGUGUUGUUUUGGUUACUUUCCAACUUGUGACUGAAUUUUCUUUUUGGAUUUCUAUUUAACUAAUUAGUUAUGCGCAACCAGCUAGAAUUUUUUCUGCAAAUUAACAUCAACACAUGGUGAGAGCGGGCCUCCUCGCUGAAGAGAUGAGCGUGUCAUGCGCGCCGGUCUGUGCACGGUGAGCGCCCCUUUGGCCGCGUGCAGCCCGGCAGCAGCGCUCCCGCCAUCAGCUCGUUUCCUGGCGCUCCAUCUGCUGCACCAACAGACCCUCUACUUCAUAGUGCAGGCCAAGUCAAGGGUAAGAGAACUCUACCAACAGACAUGCAGACAUUUCGCCCUACAGGGAAUGCAAGAUACCGACCUCUUUGGAUUAGCUUUGAUUUGUGAUGGAGAAUACCUAUUUGCUGAACCAGAAAGCAAGCUUUCCAAAUAUGCCCCGAAGAGUUGGCGCUCCUCUCACAGCCAUGGACUCGAUGCCAACGGCCGUCCAGCCUUGGCUUUCUACUUCAGGGUUCAAUUUUACGUCGAUAGUCCCUUGUUACUCAGAGACGAAACUACAAGACACCACUACUACCUUCAGCUACGUCUCAACGCUUCAUCCGGAGCUGCUGGAGACCAUGGCACGCAUUUGGCGGGGCUUUCGCUACAGGCCGAUUUGGGGGAUUACAGCGAAACCACGACAUUCCGACCCGAAGACUACGUUCCUCCAAAUAUGCGGGGCCCCGCGGCCCUUAGGAUUAUCGAAGCGGCGCAUAGGACUCACAGGGGUUUGUCGAAGAAUGAGGCUCGGGGGAGGUUUAUAGCAGAAGCUUGCCAGCUUCAAGAACCAGUCAACGCUCACGUAUUUAGGUUAAGGGCUUCUAAAUCAGAGCCAGCUCCUGGUUCCCUACUAUUAGCAGUAUGUCCUCGAGGCCUAAAAGUAUGCCCAGAAAAUAAUCCACCAUCAAUAUUUUUAUGGAGCAGUAUUGGAAAACUCAGUUUUGAGCGAAAAAAAUUCGAAAUACGCACUGGUCAUGAAAAAUUAACCCUAUACACAAGCAGUGAUGAAAAGAGUCGUCUCCUCUUGGCUUUGUGCAAAGCUGCUCACCAGUUCAGUAUGGCUGUAGCACCUCGUCUUAACGAAGCACGGCGGGAAGAAGAAGAAAGGCAGAGAUGGGAUUGCGACCAACGUAUAUCAGUCAUAAGUUCAACUUCGUCCAACACCACAUCUGGAAUCGUUAGCGAUCGAGUUCAUUCGGAAGAUGAACUUGAAAUAAUGAUCACCAGUCCACCAGCUCAAUCGACGGAAAGUUUGGCACUAGCGCACCUGCUGGACAGUGCGCCUGCUAGUAGCCGAACUUCUGCGGCGUCAGCUUCUGCUGCUUUGACUACAAUCACUCUCAAAGAAGAGGAAGAGGAAGUAAAGCCAACAUUAAGUGAAAGUUCUACAAAAACUCCUCCUAGUGGGAAAUGUGCUGGAUCACAAUGCAGUUCAUCUUGCAGCACUGUUGUCGUUACGCCUAUUCAAACAAAAGUCAAAGGACGAAGAUCUUCUACUACAAGCAGCUUAGAACUGGGAUACUCCCAUACUGCCCAAAAUUCAGCGCUCAGCGAUGCAACAUGCAUUGAACUGGAUACCACCGAAGCUGUGUAUACAUCUGGACCUGCCCCAAGUAGUCACACUAGUGGAGUUUACACCUUAACCUCCAGUGAACAAUAUACACUCAGUUCCAGUGAUCACUAUACUGCUCCUAGUGAGCAAUAUAGUGAAUCGAGUGAACCAUUUUCCAAUCCAUCGAGCGAACCAUUUUCCAAUCCAGAGGAUCAUGUUGAUGGACCUUUUAGGGACAGGACAAAUUCAAACGUAAGCAACUCUGGUUCAUUUCACGGAGAUGGUAGCGACCCUACGGACUGCAAACAAACAUUACUUUCUGCAGAAGAACUAUCAGAUUUGAUAGUAGGGCGAUAUCCCUUGUGUAAAAGUGUUAGUCAUACCUUAGACUCGGAUUCGGAUUAUGUCACUUUACCUUCUUCUUACCAAGGAUAUGUACCAGUUCCACCGAAACGAAUUGACAGCGUGGAACAGCGGUUUCGACCUCCACCUCCACCAUAUGGUGCACAACUAACCAAGUUACCGGCAGCGGAAAAUACAUGUCUCGAAUUUGACGAUGGUACAAGUGUAUCUGAACGAAUGAUACGAAGUCCUCCACCGUAUCCUGAAAAUUCUACUCCAGUUCCACCUCCAGUUUACCCAUUUGAAGAAGCAGGAGCUAGGUUUAUUACCACUAGAUCACCCAGUGUACUAACGGCUCACGCUAGUGCAGUAAGUGUUAGUUCGUCACCAAGUUAUUCUACGCCUAGUGCUGUUCCACCAAUCCCUCCAAAAAUUCCGAGAGCCCCUCCGCCGGUAAAGAACACAGUGGUUUCUCCAAAUAAUUAUUUAGAUGUUGCCGCUAGUAAGGCAAGUGUGCUGGUUCCUUGUACGUUUCUCCCACCGCCUCCACCACCAACUCCAAGACAACCUCCCCCACCACCUCCCACAGCCCUAACGACGGUUUUCACAAAUCAGUUUUCAAGGUCACAAAUAGAGCAGUAUCAACAACAAAUGUAUAGUGACGUUGAUUUUGUUGUUUUUCCGUUAAAGGAACCAGCUAUAAGCAAACAAGAGUAUUUGGAGGCUAAACAAGGCUCUCUAUUGGCAGCGCUAGCUCAACAGCCGAUAUUCUACAGAAGUACGCCUUAUUUAAAUAGAUACGCUUCAAGUCAGAAUCUGUCAGAUACUUAUGUUCAGUUACCUGUUUAUGGUGCCCCCAGCAUCUCGUCAACCGGAAGCCUGGAUCCUCCACCACCACCAUUACCUCCGAAUAGACCUGGGAAAUUUAUGAGAACCAGAUCUGACGACAAUAUUCUCAACUCUUUAGAUAUGAAACAGCCCCCAAAGUUUAGAAGAAUGCCGCCUCCUCCUCCACCACCCCCAAUUCCCGAAAAAAUAAUCCCAGUAGUGGAAAUUCCUAAUAGUAGUAAUAUUGAUUUAAAGAAAAGUACAAGUGAUAAAACUCAGAAUGGAUCUCCUACUAAUAAAGCAUCGGCUUUAGAUAUCCGUACUCUAAGAGAAAAAAGUAAGAAAAUGGACUUGCCAUUGAUAUCAGCAUUGUGCAAUGACAGAUCGCUUCUAAAGCAAACGAAAGCCUUUGUAAUGCCGAAGCAUCCGAAUGAAGUGGUCUCACGGCAAUCUUUAACCUCCCCUUCCCGCUCUAAAUACCCAGUUACGGAAUUAAAUAGUAGUAAACAUAAGCAACAAACUAGAAAAACGCCUUCGGUUCAUCACAGGCAUCCUGGUGACAAAUUGCCGGAAAUACCUCGAGCUACGCCCAAUAAUUACGUCCUAACCGAUGUACGUGUCAAACACAAGACUAUGCAGUCCCAUUCGUGAGUGCGCCAAUUUAAAAACUGUUCAUUCCAGUGGUAGAUUAGAAUUCAUUUUGUUUUACUCAGGGUGCCAUCAUUGCAAUAUAUUUAGGGAAUUCACCGAUUUUGUGGCUUAUUCCCAUUGCUCUCAUUAUAUGUUAGCCACACUGUCGGUGUCUUGAAACCGGACCAGAGUAAAAAUGUAUUAUUUUUAAUAAAAAUCUUGUAAGUAAAAUUUUACUAGGAAAUUAAAAACAUUUUUAAAUAUGCACAUUUUAAUGUCAUGUGAAAUUUAUAUACAAUAUUAAAAAGUAUUUAUUUUAAAUAUUAGUCAAUAAUUAUUGUUCAGCAACACUAAGGUUCAUUUUUUAAAUAGGAGGAGUAAGCUCAAAAGACAGAUUUACACCCAAUAAUGUCACUAGAGAAAUAACCAGAUUCAUCUUCUUUUUUGGUUGAUCAUGUCAGUCUUCGACGCUAAUCCAUAAAUAUUAUGUUACACUAAUACAUCGCCAAAGAGUGACAGUUCUAAAACAAUUGUUUUUUUAUACAUACAUAAUAAAAAUGCAGAGUAAAAAUCUAAACAUUAAAUAGACCAGUAAGGAUCUGCGAAAAAACGUCUAUUUUUGGAUGUGAGAGGUGGCAUUCGGAUUUUUGCAGAUAAAGUUAGGUGACACCUUCAGUAAUAAUAAUUGACUUAUGCUCCUUCUCAAAUAUGCCCGGAACAUUAAUAAAAAAAUUAAAAUAUUUAAAAAUUUCGAAAAACAUCGAUUUUUUUCUGCUUUCUUUGCUUAUAACUUUAAAACCAUUCGUUUUGGAACAAAGUCGUAGAGAAAUAAAAUAAAGAUAAUUGAAUUUUGUAUGAUAUACGACUGGUAAAAAAUGUCUUAAGGUAUUACCUUUUCUGCAAUAUAGCAAUAAAUACAAAAUAAGGGGGCAAAAUAAGUCUGAUGUUAUUCAAUAUUUUUUAACCACUUUGGUGGCACUUAGAACCAUAGUAAUUCGCUUAGGAAAUUCUUUGUAACAUACUUAAAUCGUGUACCAAAUUUCAUUAAAAUCGACCUAAUAAAUUUUGCAUAAUAAAUUUGCAAUCUAAAUGUUUUUAAGAAAGUUCAAAUUUUUUAAAAUCUUUGAACAAAAAGUAGACCAUUUAGAAGUUGGCUAAUUUUUUUACAUAUAAAGAGGUGCUCUACGUAUCUAAUACACUUUACAGAAUUAAAAUCGGAUUAUUUAAGGGGCCCCAGCAAUGUGUAAAUUUAUAAACAAUUUUUUGGCUUAUAAACAAAUAGCUUUGUUUAAUAAUAAAAAAAAUUAAUUUUUAGCAAUGCAAAUAAUUAAAACCGGUAUAAUUUGACUUAAACUUUCAAAUGCUCUCAGCAGAAUUGCUAUUUUAUUUUUUAAUCAAACGUUAUUCGCGUUCAAAAAUUGCAAUUUCUUGAUUUUUGAAAGUUCCACCGCGUUUAUCUCGAAAACUAUGCAUCCUACGAAAAAACUUGUAAGAACAUUUUUUGCUUAGAAUUACCCAAGAAAUACAAAAAAAUAUUAUUUUGCGAAAAACGAUUUUUAUGUAAUUCCUCAAGUUCUUUGUUUAUAACAAUCUUCGACAUCCGGAUCAACUGUUACCCAAAAAAGUCGUAUUCUACGGGUCAAAAUACAUAAAAAAGCUUGGGUAAGUCCAUCUAAAUAACGUAGCACCCCCUCCUGGCCACAGCACUAAUUUGUUUAUAAGCCAAAAAAAUUGUUUAUAACUUUAAAACAUUGCUGAGGCUGUUUAAAUAAUCCGAUUUCAAUUCUGUAAAGUGCAUUAGAUAGGUGGAGUACUUCUUUAUAUGUAAAAAAAUUGACAAAUCUUUGUAUGUUCUAGUUUUUGUUGUGCAAUAUUUUAAAAAAUUUUAAUUUUGUAAAAAAGUUUAGAUUGCAUAAUUAUUAUGCAAAAUCUAGUAAGUCAAUUUUAAUGAAAUUUGGUGUACGGUUUUAGCACAUUACAAAAAUUUUCUACGCGAAUUAGGAAGGUUCCAAGUGUAACCUAAGUGAUGGAAAAUCAUUGAAUAAGGACAAGUUUGUUUUGCCCCCUUAUUUUAUAUUUAUUGCUAUUUUAAAGCAAGGGUGAUAAAUUAAGACAUUUUUAACUAAUCGCAUGUGAUAGAAAAUUUAAUUAUCUUUGUUUUAUUCCUGUAGGACUUUGUUCUAAAAUGAACAGUUUUUAAGUUAAAAGUAGAAAAAAAAACGAAAUUUUUUGAAAUUUUUAAAUAUUUUAUUUUUUUUAUUAAUGUUCCGGGCAUAUUUGAGACGGAGCAUAAAUCAGUUAUUAUUAACGAAGUUAUCACCUAACUUUAUCCGCAAAAAUCUGAAUGCCACCUCUCACAUCCACCUAAAAACAUAUACUUACUGGUCUAAAAUGAAUAUGGCGGAAAACACAAAUAAUCGCCGAUAUGACCCAUGAAUUAUAAAUGCCAUUAGUGUCAAAAUUUCAUAAAUAUCAAUAGUGUCUAAAUUUUAUAAUUUAGUGGAGUAAACUUGCCUGUGGUUGGACCAAUUACAAACAAGCAUUACGACGCCGAAAUAAUUAUUCCUCCUAUUUAAAAAACGAGGUAUAGUGUGUCAUUCCAUUACGUUUUCCUAAAUAAUAAUAAUAUAACUAAAAAUUACAAUUCUACAGAUUCACAGAAGAAAAAAAUAUCUAAAGAUCGUUUAAAAUAAGAUGCAUUAAAAAACUAAUGUAAGUAAUAGCGGCAGAUUCGUGCAAAUAUUAUAAGAAUUGUGCAUUUAAUGAUAGAAGCAUAUUAUUUGGACCACAUAUACUACACAUACAAAGGUUCAAAUUUAGAUAUGAGGCCAUCUCAGAUUUUACCUUUUACAAAGAUGGUGGGCUUUCAAAAUGGCGACGAUACAUAUGUGACUAAUAGCACGAUAACUUUUAAACGAAAAUUCCGACUUCAACCAAAUUUGGUAUAUGGGUUCUUUUUAUGAUGUGUAAGAUCGAUCUCCUGAACCGGAAGAAUCGGUUUACCAGAAGUUGUGUAUUUCCUGAUUUUUUAUGUAAAAAUAUGUUGUUUUUUUUUCAAUUCUUUCACCCUGGAUAUAUUACUUUUUCGAAAAGGUAAUACCGGCGUUGAAAAGAGCGUAAAAAUAUUUUUAAGGAAAUAUUUUGAACUCUUUAGUUAUAUUAAUUACCAUUUAAUAAAUGCAUAAGGUAUCUUCACAUGUAGGUAACUAUGUGCGGCAGAUUCGUGCAAAUAAUAAUAUAAGAAUUAUUUUGCAUUUGAUGGUAGAAGCAUAUAAUUUGGACCACACAUACUACACAUACAAUGAUUCAAAUUUAAAUAUGAGGCCAUCUCAGAUUUUGUCUUCUGAGACAACUGGAGGCCAUUCAAAAUGAAUCUGCGGCUCAUAGGUACAUGUGAACAUAUUUUAUGCAUUUAUUAGAUGGUAGUUAACAUAACUAAAAAGUUCAAAAUAUUUUCUAAAAAAUAUUUUUACAUUCUUUUCAAUAGCGGUAUUACCUUUUUUAAAAAUUAAUGCAUACAGGGUGACAGAAUUGAGAAAGAAACAACAUAUUUUUACAUAAAAAACAGUGAAAACACAACUUCUGGUAAACCGAUUCUUCAGGUUCAAGACCUCGAUCUUAUUUAUAAAAAAAAUAUCCUAUAUACCAAAUUUGGUUGAAAUCGUGACGUCUCGUUCAAAAGUUAUCGUGUUAUUAGUCAUAUAUGUAUAGUCGACAUUUUGAAUGCCCGCCAUUUUUGUAAAAGGAACAAAAACUGAGAUGACCUCAUAUCUAAAUUAGAACCUUUUUAUGUGUAGUAUAUGUGGUCCAAAAUAUAUGCUUCUGCCAUUAAAUGCACAAUAAUUCUUAUAAUAUUUGCACAAAUCUGUCACACAUAGGUACACGUGAAGAUACGUUAUGCAUUUAUUAAAUGGUAAUUAACGUAAUUAAAAAGUUCAAAAUAUUUCCUAAAAAAAUAUUUUUACGCUCUUUUCAAUGGCGAUAUUAACUUUUUGAAAAAGUAUUACAUACAGGGUGAAAGAAUUAAAAAAAAACAGUAUAUUUUUACAUAAAAACCAGGAAAAACACAACUUUUGGUAAACCGAUUCUUCCCGCUCAAGACUUCGAUCUUAUACAUCAAAAAAGGAACCUAUAUACCAAAUUUGGUUGAAAUCUGACGUCUCUUUCAAAAGUUAUUGUGCUGUUAGUCACAUAUGUAUGUCGCCAUUUUGAAUACCCGCCAUUUUUGUAAAAGGAAAAAUCUGAGAUGGCCUCGUAUCUAAAUUUGAACCUUUAUAUGUGUAGUAUAUGUGGUCCAAAUUAUAUACUUGUAUCAUUAAAUGCACAAUUGUUUCACAUACCGGCUGCACUAGUGCGGCAGAUUCUUGCAAAUAAUAUAAGAAUUGUGCGUUUAAUGAUAGAAGCAUAUAAUUUGGACCACAUAAUAGUACACACAUAAAGGUUCAAAAUUAGAUACGAGGCCAUCUCAGAUUUUACCUUUUACAAAAAUGGCGGGCAUUCAAAAUGCGACGAUACAUAUGACUAAUAACACGAUAACUUUUGAACGAAAAGUCCGACUUCAACCAAAUUUGGUAUAUAGGUUAUUUUUUUGAUGAGUAAGAUCGAGAUCUUGAACCGGAAGAAUCGGUUUACCAGAAGUUGUGUUUUUACUGAUUUUUUAUGUAAAAAUAUGUUGUUUGUUUUUCAAUUCUUUCACCCUGUAUAUAUUAAUAUUUCAAAAAGGUAAUACAGGCAUUACAAAAAGCAUAAAAAUAUUGUUUAGGCAAUAUUUUGUACUUUUUAGUUAUGUUAAUUACCAUUUAAUAAAUACAUAACUUCUCUUCAUAUGUAGCUUUGUGAAGCAGAUUCGUGCAAAUAUUAUAAGAAUUAUUGUGCAUUUAAUGGUAGAAGGUUUAAAUUUAGAUAUGAGGCCAUCUCUCAUUUUGCCUUUUACAAAAAUGGCAGCCAUUCAAAAUGGCGACUAUACAUAUGUGACUAAUAGCAUGAUAACCUUAGAACGAAAAAUCUGAUUUUAACCAAAUUUGGUAUAUAGAUUCUCUUUUUGACGUAAAAGAUCAAGGUUUUGAACCGGAAGAAUCGGUUUACCAGAAGUUCUAUUUUUCCUGAUUUUUUAUGUAAAAAUAUGUUGUUUAUUUUUUCAAUUCUUUCACCCUGUAUAUAAUAAUUUUUCAAAUGGUAAUACCGGCGUAGAAAAGAGCGUAAAAAUAAUUUUUAGAAAAUAUUUUGAACUCUUUAGUUAUGUUAAUUACUUUACCAAUUAAUAAAUGUAACGUAUCUUGACAUGUACCUAUGAACCUAUGUGCGGCAGAUUCGUGCAAAUAAAGUAAGAAUUAUUGUGCAUUUAAUGGUGGAAGUAUAUACUUUGGACCACACACACUACACAUACAAAGAUUAAAAUUUAGAUAUGAUGCCAUCUCAAUUUUGUCUUUUACAAAAAUGGCGGGCAUUAGUACAUGCCGCACCUAGGUACAUGUGAAGAUAUUUAUGCAUUUAUUAAAUGGUAAUUAACAUAACUAAAAAGUUCAAAAUAUUUUCUAAAAAAUAUUUUUACGCUGUUUUCAAUGGCGAUAUUAACUUUUUGAAAAAUUAAUAUAUACAGGGUGCAAGAAUUGAAAAAAAAACAACAUAUUUUUACAUAAAAAGCAGGAAAAACAACUUUUGGCAAACCGAUUCUUUUGGUUUAAGACCUCGAUCUUAUACAUCAAAGAAAGAACCUAUAGUCCAAAUUUGGAUGAAAUCAGACGUCUCGUUCAAAAUCGUGCUAUAAGUCACACAUGUAUAGUCGCCAUUUUGAAUGCCCGCCAUUUUUGUAAGAAGCAAAAUCUGAGAUGGCCUCGUAUCUAAAUUUGAACCUUCAUAUGUGUAGUAUAUGUGGUCCAAAUUAUAUGCUUCUAUCAUUAAAUGCACAAUCGUUUCACAUAUCGGCUGCACUAAGAUACGUAUUGAAGAGUAUAAAGUACCUUUCAAAAUAUUUUAUAAAGCCUUAAUCUUAAGCUUAUUACAAAGUCAUUUGUAUUUGAAUGGUGUGGUUAAGUUUUCGGUCCAGGUAGAAAUUAAUAAAUUUUAAUCUGUUGAACUUUUAAUUAUUAUAUCUGCUAUUCAGUAUGUUCAGUACUCGAAAUUUAACGAUACGAAUGUAUGUACAAUUCAUAUUUUAGCUUUCAAAAUUUUUAUUACAAAGUUUUUACUCCGGUCCAAUCAAGCAUCCCUGUCUGUACAUAACGGUUACUAUUGUAUUAUGCACAAAAGUAUCCAAUUUUUAGCGAUAUUGUAUACACUUGCUCAAAUUCUAUAUUAAUCUGAAUAAUGAUAUUUUUAGUAUUGUUCAGUUUGUUUGUUUAUUUAUUUUCCUGAUUCCAAAUUGCAUAAAGCUUCCGAGUGUAUGGUGCUGCCAUCAUUUUAAAUGUAAUGUAAGAUUGAAUAAAUAAAUAAAAACUA